AAUGGCUUGUAAAGCAAAAGCUUCCUGAAUUUUGAAAUAAGAGGACAUCUCACAGCCUCCGCUUAGUGACUCUAUUGGCAAAGAAGACAAGAAGAAUAAAUUCUAUCACUACUUGUCUCUACUGCCAUGAUAUCCCUUAUAUUUCUUCUUGCUUUCACAACUAUUACCGGUGAAGCAUCACUUGCCCCUGCAGAUCAAGUAUUUCAGUAUAUUGAUGCACAUCAGCAUGAAUAUGUACAGAGACUCAGGGAAUGGGUGGCCAUUGAAAGUGACUCCAGUAACCUUCUGAAGAGGCAAGAUUUGAUUGAAAUGAUACACUUAGCAGAAGAGAGGAUAAAAUAUUUAGGAGGAACUGUUGAGUUGGCGGAACUGGGUGUACAAGAGCUGCAUAAUGGAAGUACAACUCGUUUGCCACCAGUCAUUCUGGCAGAAUUUAAAAAGGACCCUAAAAAACAUACAGUUUGUUUUUAUGGACAUCUGGAUGUGCAGCCAGCCAGAUUAGAGGAUGGAUGGGCAUCAGAGCCAUACAAUUUGACAGAAAAAAAUGGUAGUCUGUAUGGACGUGGAACCUCAGAUGACAAAGGGCAAAUUCUGGCUGUACUGAAUGCAGUAGAAGCACUUCAACAAUAUGAACUUCCUGUGAAUGUAAAGUUUCUUCUUGAAGCCAUGGAAGAAGUAGGAUCCCCUGGACUAUUGAAACUGGUUGAAGAGAGAAACAGUACGUUUUUUUCAGAUGUCGAUUACAUUGUGAUCACUGAUUCCGCAUGGAUCAGCAACAAACCAAGUAUUACAUAUGGAACAAGGGGGAACAGCUACUUCUUAAUUGAGGUUGAAUGUGCUAAAAAAGACUUGCAUUCAGGGACCUUUGGAGGUAUAGUUCCUGAAGCAACCAGUGACUUAAUAUAUCUGUUGAGUACCCUCGUCGAUUCUUCUGGUCAUAUACUGAUACCUGGGAUUUAUGAUGCAGUUGCUCCUCUUACGGAAAAAGAAAAGAAACUCUAUGAAAAAGUUGAAUGGGAUUUCAAGAAGCAGAAGGACAUAUUUGGCAUAAGAAACUUCACAUAUAGCACUAAAGAAGAACUAUUAAUGCGGAAGUCGCGCUACCCAUCUUUGUCCAUCCAUGGAAUUGAAGGCGCUUUCUCUGCACCUGGAACUAAGACUGUAAUCCCUGCAAAAGUAACCGGGAAAUUUUCAAUACGCCUGGUUCCACAUAUGGAUCCCUCUGUAGUAACAAAACAGGUAAUGGAUCAUUUGAACAAGAAAUUUGCUGAACGGAACAGCCCUAAUCAUAUUGAAAUAUCCAAUGUCCAAGCAUCAAAGCCGUGGCUUUCUGAUACAGAUGAACCUCUGUAUUUGGCUGGAAGAAAGGCAAUAGAGAAAGUAUUCCACACCGAGGCUGACUUGACCCGAAUAGGUGGAACCAUUCCAAUUGCUUCACAUUUCCAAGACAUAACUGGCAAGAGUAUAAUGCUUCUAGGAAUAGGAGGACCAGAUGAUGCUCCUCAUGGUCAAAAUGAAAAGAUCAACAGGCACAACUUCAUUGAGGGAACCAAACUAUUUGCAGCCUUCCUUCAAGAAAUUGCUUCUACCUAGAAAAGAUGGCAUGAUAAUAAAAACCCUCUAAAGCA